CAUUUGUAAUACCUGUUAAAGUUAUAAAAGUAAUUAAUAAUGUCUUCUCAAGUAUCAAGAACGAGUACCGGCGAAAGUUUUGAAAGGAAACUUCGAUACAGACAGAUUUUGGAAUAUCUAACGAAUUUAGAAAAUGAGGCGGACAACAAUGUGGACUGCAUGGACAAGACCAAAAAAAUGGUCAAGGAGGCAAAAGAUCUAUACGCAGAAUCUACACUUGAGGAAAAAAUGAAGGAUCCAGGUGAGGAAUACCUGGACUCACGCGUGAUGCGCGCUGCCAGUGACAUCACGGUGCGUUGCUCCGUGGCCGUCAGCUGCAACGUGAACACUUACGACCGGCACGAGCUCGCCAAACAUAUUCAAGAAAAUCCCCAGUUCUGGCAGUUCACGUUCCCCCUAGAGGUGCCGGUGGUGGGGCACCUGUUCGGGACGUUCGCCCCCACGCCGCCUGAACAGAGACCCCGCGCCCCCCGCCGACAGGUGGAGAGGCAACAGGCUGUACAGCUCAAAGAACCGGAGAAAGUAGACAGGUUAGAAAAACAAGAGGAAGGCUCAGCAAUGGUGACUCGAGUGAACCGCUUCAUCAACAAGUGGUACAAGCAGAAUAACCGCCCCCUCAGCUAUUUCCACGCCGUGCUCGAUCCGACCAGCUUCAGCCGGAGCGUGGAGAACAUUUACCAUGUAUCCUUCCUAGUUAGGGACGGGAAGGUCUCCAUUACACUUGAUAACGAAAACGGUCUGCCAUUCAUAACUCCAUUGACGCCGAGCCAGCAGGAGUCGGAUAAAUCUGGGGAGAAACAGUUCAUAGUAUCCAUUGAUAUGCGGAGGUGGCAGGACCUGGUCUCUGCAUUUGAUAUACACGAGCCAUUGAUGGUGUUGAAGAAAUAAUUAGUUUUAUGGAAAAUAAUUGUUGAUUGUAUACUAAAAUGUUGAUUAUGUAUUUUAUAUGUCACAAAUAUUAUUAUUAUUACAUGUUCUCAGAUACAUUUAAUUCUGAAAUGAUUUUUCCCUUCGUUCCAGUAACCAAUAAUGCCUUUUGAAAUGGCGUUUGUAUAGCGAGUGAUUCUGAUUCGAUUAAAAAUAUUUCGAUACAAAAAAUGAUAUUUGUAUUGUAAUCAAACAAUCAUUCAAAAUUGUUAUUCUUAUACAGGGUGUAAAAAACACUUAACAAAGCCGAAAGCCACGUAUUCUACCCAUUAUUUGGAUCAUUUUUUUCUUUAAGACCAUAGCUGGGACUCCACUGGUUCUCGAGAUAUUGAAGGUCAAUGAUGCAUUUUUUUUUUGCGCAAUCGAAUUCUAAAUAUUAUUACAAAACUUUUUUCCAAACAAACAUUACCUGAAUUUUCGAUUUUUCUAAAUUACGAACAGUAAUGUACGUAAUAAAUAACGAUACAUAAUAAAUAACUCAGUAGGAUUAUUAUUUUACAGAAUUGUUUUGUUGUUGCGAAGUAAAACGUCGACCUACGUACUUAUCACAGCGUUUUAAUGCUAAGCUGUGAACCUACGCUCACAAUGACACGAAGCCCGUUUGCUUUACAUUGCGCGCAAUAAAAUUAUUAUUUUGAUUGAUACCUAAAAAUAAAAGUCGUUUCCCAGUGAUAAUUUUAGCGUAAAGCUAUUUAGUUAGAACUGCAGUAUGCGUAGUUAACGACUUCGUUAAGUGUCUUUUACACCCUGUAUAUUCUUGAUUUAUUUGUGAAAACUAUUUUUUUCGACCAGUUUAGUUGUGAUAAUAUUAUGUUUAGCACACACAAUUGAAUUAACCCAGUAAAGCAAAGCUGUUGCCAAAUGAUAGUGACGACUUUUAUUCUAUUAUUUCGCUCGCCAGAUGGCGUUAGUGUAGCUUUAAGUCUCGUGCGCGUCGCUAUAUAACUAACGGCCAAAGUCAGUUCUGAUUUUUCAAUGGUUAGAUAAAAGUUGCCUGGGGAAUAAUUAUGAUGCUGUCGCGUCACAAUGUUUGUAUAAGACAGUGACAGCAACAAUUUUAUUCCUCAGAUAACAUUUAUCUAACUGUUGAAAAAUCAGACUUAAAAUAAAGACAGAGGUAUGCUAAUCUUAGCUGAAGAUUUCUAAAUUAUUACAAUCCUAAUACACAUAACAUUGUCUUCCAACCGGGUCGAAGAACCAUUAGCAGAUUGCUUGUAAGAAUUGCUAGAUUCUUCCAGUGAAGUUUCUGCCUUCUGAAUGUUUUUUUUACUUUGAUUUAUUUUGCAAAGUCCCAAAUUUGGUAGAAUUUUAGCCUUUUUCCUGUUACUGGUUCUUUUAGAGCUGUGGCUAAGGUGUUACUAUGUGUCAGUAAUCAGUCUUUGUAAGAUUUGAUCUGAGUACUAUUAACUUCUUUACGGUUCCAAUCUGUAGGUGUUCAGAGGUUUUGAUGAACCACGGAGGAAGAAAAAUUAAAACAUUAAUAGAAAAUCUCUGUUUUUGACGGAAACUCUUAAUCCAUAGACUACACGGUUGGCGCGGUGGCUGGGCAACUGGCUGCCGUUCAACGUGUCGCGGUUUCGAUUCCCGCACGGAACAACUCUUUGUGUGACCCACAAAUUGUUGUUCCGGGUCUGGGUGUGAUGUGUAUGUGAAAUUGUAUGAUUGUAACCGCAUCCACAACACAGGAGAAAAUCCUACGUGGGGGCAACGUUUUUUAAAAUAGAAUAGAUAGAUAGACAUUAGAGAUAUGAUUUUUUUUCUGACAACUGGGUGUUAUAUUUUUUUGGUCGUGAGACUUAACGCUACACUAGCGCCUCUACCGUCGAGAAUCCUUGUAAUGUUUGUAUUAUAAUAAUGUACUGUGAUUGUGAAUCUGUGACCUUAUGG